AUGUCAUUUCGCGGGCCCAUGCGGCGGUCCCACCUAAGGCAGGUGAGUGCCGCCAGCUUGGAGACCCUUUCGACUGUCCGCACCGAAACGUCACAUCGCGAUAAUAACCCCACACCUGAUGAACGCACCGUCCGAUUGUCUGCCAGCUUGGCACGCCACCAAUGUACGCUUUGGGUCCAUGAUGAGAUGUUUGCCCGGGAGGAUAUCUUGUUAAAUCCAUCGGCCUUCGGAGAAAGCGGAGUACAGAUUGGGGAUGUGGUGGAGAUUCUACCCGUUCGCGCGCCAGGAGAUACUGCUCAGAAUUCUUUAAAGCCUGAUGCUGCUUUGAAAAUCCCUCGCGAAAGUCAUGCAGAUCUCAAUUCAAACUCCCAAUCAGAUAGCACGUCCAAGUUCAAGACACCUCUACAGAGCCGAUGCUUGUUUGUGGUGAAACCCUUGCCGCAAGAUGUCAAGAUGCGCCAUCCCAAAUUGGAGGUUUCGGUCACUGCGAGCGUAGCCAAUAUCUUUGGCUUCAAAAAUCGAACUCAGGUUCUUCUGUCUAUCGUCGAUCGUGACCAAUGUGCCGCAUCCCAUGUGGAUAUCUCUUUCCGUGAUCAGUAUAUGGUUAGAUCCGACAUGUGGCGAUUUGUCAUGUCUGAGCUCGUUGAUAAGAUCAUCUACAAGGGGCAAAAAAUCAUGUUCAUGGGAAGCAUCAAAGCAACCAUCAAAAACAUCUUCAUUCGAGAAAAGAAGGUCCUAUCGGGGUAUUUCUCGCCUCAUACAAUCCCUGUCUUCCGUAGCGAAUCUGCCAAAUAUGUCCUGUUUAUUCAAAUGUCCAGGGAGAUGUGGGAUUUUGAUUCCGAAGGCUCUGGUGACAUUUUAUUCAGUCGAGUGAUCAAUGGCUUCUUACCAGAGCUUUUCAAACGAUGGGCUAACUCUGAUGUAAAACAUCUCGUGACAAUUGUCCUCUUCACAAGAGUUGAAUAUGAUGUAUCAGCUCACUCCAAUCUAGCUAAACUUACAUCUGGCAGCCUCAAAGACGCCGCUGGCCCAAGUCAGUUUCCAACUCGUGACUUUUAUCGCGUUGUGGUAAACGAUAUGGCUAGUGGCCAUUGGACUACCAUUUUGGACGAGCUGAAGAAGAAUUUCAGGACAUUUUUGAGGGAUGUAUCAAUUUUGAAGGCAGAUGACUUGGAUUUUGCUUCAGGAAGUGGGAUCAAACCCCCUUCUAAACCUCAUACGGCGACAAUUGCUGGACGCCCUAGUACGGCCUUGCGGGGCAAUAUCCUCGAGGCUAUCCACUUGGCCUCUGCCCACUUGGCGUAUGACCAUAUUGACCGAGAUAUGGUUCAUACAGGCACGUCUAUAAUUGUAAUCACCCCGGGAAGUGGCGUGUUCGAGGUGUCGUACGAGUCGUUGGCAUCCACAACUGAAGCAUUGACGAACCGAGGCAUUGCAAUUGAUUUGGUCUGUCUAAGUCCUAUGCCGCUCCAUUCGGUGCCUCUUUUCAAAUACCGGGAGCCCGCGGAACGCCCUAGCGGUUCCAUAUCAAGUGUCGCUGAGACUCCUAAACUGUCACCCGAGAUCCAUCAUUCCAUCUCUAGUCUUGUUAGUCGAUCGUCCUAUCUCUCUCCGGGAUCCUACUUGUCCGCCACUCGUAUGCGUGAACGAGGCCAUCCUCGCUCGCGAGAAUGGAGCUAUGGUAUUCCACACUGGCUGGAUAUCUCAUAUUGGAAUCCUGAGACCUACCGAGAAGCUCGCCGCAUCUUGAAGAAUGACCCUAACGCGCCUAUCCCACUUACUGUCACCCGCCCAUUCAAAGCUUUCACUCCUCGUGUCCGCAUGUAUGAAAUCCAAAUGAUGGGUGUCAUGGAGAGUGAACAAUCAAAUAUCUCUAUCCCGUAUCUUCUCGAGGGUCGAGACGUGACUAGCUCUCGCAGCUCUUGGCCAGGGCAAGUCACAACUACGCGUGGCCCUCCAAGAGCUCGAUUUGCCAAUAGUUCGUCGGCAAAAGCGCAGUUCAGUGACAGUUUACGGCCAGAGCCCUUCCUCGAAAAUGUCACCGAUCAAAGUGAGAUUCACACAGGAGAAUCGCAAAAGUCUCGAAGGUCUAUCAUGGCCUGGAUGGAUCAGUAUGAUGACAACUUAUUUGCUGCAACGCCCAAGAAGCGACAGGCUCCAAAGGCUAAAACUAAACGACUAAGCGAGCCAGAAGUUCAGGGGACUGGUGCCCAUGAAAGAAUAUCUGCUCGAUCUGUCUUGCGUCUACGAGAGCAGGAGAACAAUACGAAUCCCAGCAACUCGAUGUUGCGUGCUGGUCCUCGCAGAAUCGAUGGAUCUUCCAUCCCUGUUCAAAAGAAACCAGCAUCUCCGAAGAGCACGUCGCCGAUAAAGCCAGCAUUGAAAUCAAAGGCAGCACCAACGGCUUCACGCAUCUCUCGAACAAUUAGCUUUGCCCUUCGAGGCUUGAGUUCCACACCCCCAAGGGCACAAGCCAGCACCGGAGUACAUGUAGAGCAUGCAAACGCGCUCCCCAUGUCCAACCAAAGACCUUCUGGCGGAACCUUUUCUGAUACCAAGAGUAUAAUCUCCUUGAGUCCUUCGGAAACUACAUCUAUUGCAACUAUCAUUGAUAGCCCAUCUCGCCCAUCGACACCUCCCAAACUUCCACCAGAUACCCGACUGACCCCAUCCAAACCCAUCUCUAUAAAGACCCCCCUUGAAAAAACCAACAGAAAGCCCAGAACGACCAGAACACCAGGCCAGCCAAACGAUCAUAAAAUCGAGAUCACUUUGAAUCACAGCUCUCGGGAUCCUUUCGCGCGAGACUCCCCGGGUAAAGCUUUGGCACCCUGGGUUCGAUCCGUCAACCCUUGUAAUACUCCCAAAGAUGUGCUGCGUAAAACAAGCUGGUUUGGUCGUUGGCAACAUGCAUACCCUCGUCCGCCUCACGUCGCUGUUGUCAAGUGGAAGAGUCUGAAAUCUCCAGCGGUUCUUCCCCUGACUACCGAGGAAUUUCCAACGGCGGCUGAACUCGCCUCUGAUUACUUACAGACUCCAUACCGCGUCUUCGCAAAUGACGAUGCAGAUGGCAUCGAGGCACCGAAGACUCGAGGUGUUCUUCUGCGUGAAAUGAUAUCUCUCCGGUUGUCUCAUGGCUUCCAGAUCAUUGUUGGCAAAAAUAUCGCGGAAUUUUCCGGCCAACCAACUCUUGAGUCUCUUAAUGUCUUUGACACACGAGGACUCGAACGAAAUGGUGUCACCGUCUUCCUUUCAAAAGGAAAUUCCAUUCACCGUCUCAUUACUGUGGAUGGAGGCGAAAUCGAGGUUACGCGCUUCACACAUCACACAGCUGCGGCUUUGUUUUCGCCGAAGCGAGUCAAUUUCACACUCUAUCAGCCAGCCAUGAGGACAAUUUUGAGUCAUGAGUACCAGAUAAAAGACAUCAAGCUGGAUCCUACUGCGGAAGAGUACAAUUGGAACCUCGCAGACAAUUAUGUGGCUGGUCAUCGCGAUUAUCUGCACAACCCUGCGCAACAGCUCCAUUUCUGGAGAGUUCGCUACGUGUUGAUUCCAAUGCAGCUUCAUACUCACUCGCGACGCCACUUACAAUCAAUGAAUGACGAUAACGAAGAAGAGAUUCAUCUACUUGGGAUCAGCCAACUAACCCAUAUCUGGCAACGGAAUAAAUAUCUGUCACCCGAGGAGAAGCGAUUCGAGUCAGCAGACAAAAAGAGAGACCAGAACCCACUCAACAUCAUGUACCAAACAAGAAAUCCAUCUGAAGUAGUUGCAGCGGAGCUCGAUCGAGUACUACUCACUGAUCCUGGCCUUGAUAAUCCACCAGCCCAACUCUUACCUGAGGCUGAGCUGCUGGAGAGAUCCGGUGUUAAUCUGACGAACCUUGCUCAGAUGAUUCAAAGCGACAAUGGAGUUCGCAUGAUGGAUCGCCGCUGGCAUUGGAGACUCCAUUACAACUGUUUCAUUGGCUUCGAAUUCACCACCUGGUUGAUGCAAAAUUUCCGUGACAUUGACACUCGUGACGAGGCCGUCGAAUUUGGCAACGAGUUGAUGAAGCAUGGAUUAUUUCAGCACGUCGAGAAACGACACAAUUUCCGAGAUGGAAACUAUUUCUAUCAGAUCUGUGCCGAGUAUCGCGUCACGCGACCAGAAUCUCGAGGUAGCUGGUUCCCUCAACUUCGGUCAGAUAAAUCGAUGCCGUCGACUCCGGCCAUUGGAAAGGAUUCGCCUUCCAGUCUUCGGGCUCGCUCUGACAGCAUUGAUGAACGUGCACCGCAGACCCCUAGCACUCCAUCCAAGACCAAGAACAAGGUCGCCAUCAUGUUGUCUAAAUCUUUGAAGUACGAUGUGGAUACCCGCAAACGAUCAAAUCGACCUGAGGUGAUUGACCUCCAUUAUGAUCGACUACACAACCCCGAGAAUUGCUUCCACAUUGAGCUCAGUUGGAUGAAUACAACACCAAAGAUGAUCGAGGAUGCAGCGCACUCAUGGGCCGCGACUGCAGAGAAGUUCGGUUUGAAGCUUGUCCAGGUGCCUAUUGCCGAAGCAUGCGCUAUCGACAAAACCCAGCCAUUUCGACAACCUUAUCGAGUCAAAUUGAAGAUUCCACCACCCAAGGGGCCAGUUCACACAGUCUUCAACAACGCAUCAUUUGCACAACCGGGGCCACCAGAUCGCCUUUACUACCAGAAGUAUCUACUGCGUAAAUUUGACUUUGUGCUAGAUUUCGAAGCUAGCAGUGCAUUCCCAGCGGAUGUCGAAGUCUCAUUCUCCUGGGGCAAGCCGGACUACAAAUACCCACAGUUUAUCCACCGAACAGGCAGUGUUCUCGCCCAAAUCACAGAUGAAGGCGACUUUCUCCUUCUCGCCAAUCGACUAGUCAGCACCCGCAGUGCUGCAAGCAGAGAUGCUGGCCGUUAUGAGCAUCAUGGUCGCUCGGAUUACCGCGGGCGAGCACCAAACCACGAUCCGCUCGACCGUAUCUCUCCACGCUUGUCUCCGUUAACUCGUCCUUUACACGAUAUUGGAAGUCCGAUGUCAGCUCUAGGUCCACCGAGUAUUGACUCGGCAAACCUUUACCGCGCACCAGAGCAUAUUCUUAACGGUCUCGUUGAAUUUUGCAAUGAUGCAGCAUCACUUGAACAAUUCUACAGCGAGUCUCAUGUGCGUCCUGUCUCGACGAAGGUUGAACCUGCGAGUACUCAUAUCAUGGACACUUCUAUUCCGUCUCUUGAACUUCCUGCAAGUGUCGUAAGCCACCAUAUCUCUCCUCCGCCGGGGUUGCCCUCUAGAGUGACUGGUGAGCCCCGUGAGUCACGAGAUAUUUUAAAAUCCCCAGAAUUAACAAGAGCUCGGGCUCGAGGUGAAAGUUUGAGCUAUACACGCAGCCCACGCAGUGGAAGCCUACGACCUUUGAUAUGA